GAUUCAUUCUGUUCUGUCACAGUUGCAUCGAGUGAUAACUGUGUAAAUGGUGUGGCUAGAAUUAGUCGAUCACUCGUAAAUAGCAGUGAUUUAAAAUAAGCAACAUAUUUGUUUGCAGUAUGUUUAAAAGAAAGUUAACGGCUUUGAAUUAUCCUUCACCUGAUAAUUUUAAUGUUAAUGACACCACAGAAUUCAGAAAUCUUGUCCUGUGGCUUGAAGAUCAGAAGAUCCGUCAUUAUAAAAUAGAGGACCGGAAAGCCCUCCGGGAUAUAAAUUGUCAUGAUUGGCCUAAAACAUUUAGGAAGUACGGAGAUGACCUUGCUUGCCCAAUCCAGAGUGAGAAGCCAAGUGAACUCAUAGAGUGGCUGCUGGCAUUUGCUGUCAGACUUGAAUAUUCUGAUAGUGCGGAUAUGUACAAGAACCAGACAGCUGACCACGUUAAGAAGAAUGAGCUGAAUACGCCCAAAGUUGUUUCUGCCAAUCCACUGGAUAAUUUGGACUUUCAGAGUGCAGACUUCAAGAAAGGAGUCAACACACUUGCACAGCUGUUGCAGAUCACUUCUCAUCCAGAUCAUCUCAUCACUUUGAAGGCAGUGAGCAAAGUGGUAUGCCAGCGACUCUCAGCUGAAGCCCUCGAAAACCCAAGCAGCGUCAUCGUGAAGGGCAAACCAUUUCCAUUUCAAGAGGCUGACCUAGGGUUUGACACUGGAGAUUAUGUGUUGAAUCAGGCAGCAAAGAUCCUGCGCCUUCUAUACAUUCAGAACCUUCGAGACUUGCAGACCCGUAUUAAUGAGUGUAUUGUGGCAGUACAAAGUGUGACAGCAAAUCCCAAGACAGAUACAAAGCUUGGGAAAGUUGGCAAAUGAGAUUAUAGUAUCUUAGUAUUUGUAUGGUUGAAAUGUAAUUAUAUAAUAAUGAAAUACUUAUGUAUGAUCUUGAGAUUUCACGGUGACCGUGUUCAAUAAAAUCGUCUCGGGCUAUCAGCUG